AUGCAGAUCAUUUGGCAAGACUCGGACAAUUACGAAGAUGCGCGCAUCGGACGCGUAUUCAACCAUCGUCGCCCGCAACGAUUCCCACUGGCCGUGGUCAAGGCAACCUGCGAAGAUGAUAUCGUCGCCGCCGUGCAGCUCGCCGUUGAGCGCAAUUGUCGUGUUGCAGUUCGAUCAGGUGGCCACUCAUGGGCAGCGUGGAGUGUGCGUGACAAUUCCAUUCUGAUCGAUCUGGGCAACUUCAAGCAUGUCGAAGUGGAUGCAGAGAAUCGUAUUGCCAGAGCGACUCCCAGCAUGACGGGGAGAGAGCUCAACUCGGUUCUAGUUCGAGAUCACCAACUCAUGUUUCCUGGCGGGCAUUGUCCCGACGUCGGCCUAGGAGGUUUCCUAUUGCAGGGUGGUAUGGGAUGGAACUGUCGUAACUGGGGCUGGGCAUGCGAAAGAGUUCAAGCCGUUGACGUUGUUACAGCCGAGGGCAAUCUGCUGCACUGCAAUGCCGAACAAAAUCAGGAGUUGUAUUGGGCCUCACGAGGGGCCGGACCAGGAUUUCCCGGAGUUGUUACAAAGUUUCACCUUCGCUUGAACCCAUACCCCAAGAAAGGUGGCUUUCGAUCUUCUGGCUAUAUUUACCCUAUUCACCUCUACCGUGAGGUAUUUCGAUGGAUCAUUGAUAUAUCUCCCAAUUUCGAUAACGAUACAGAAAUUGCUGCCAUCUCACAUUUCCCUGAAGGCAGUAACGAAAUGCGUUUCUUCGUUCUGUUUGUCACCAUGAAGGACUCGGUGGAAGCGGCCGAGGAGGCACUUCGUCCUGCUCAGCAAAGUCGGCCCGCUGGGACUGUCGAGGAAUGGUUCUCCAAGGAAGACAGUCUUGACGAGCAAUACAACAAUCAGGCAGGGGCAAACCCUGAGAAACAUCGCUACUGUGCCGAUAACGCCUACAUUGCCGAUGACGCCGAUGUUCCCGCUGUCUUGGAAGAGGCAUUCACCACACUUCCCCAUCGCAAAUCAUUCGCGCUGUGGUAUGCCAUGAACCCCUGUAGCCGUCGAAAGCUCCCAGAUAUGGCACUUAGCAUGCACUCGGACCAUUACUUCGCCCUGUAUACCGUCUGGGAAGAGGAAAACGACGAUCGACGAUGUCAAGACUGGGUUCGGAGCGUCAUGGAAAAGGUCGAACAGCAUUCGGUUGGAGCUUACCUAGGAGAUUCGGAUUUCCAGGUGCGCAAGACGAAGUUCUGGGCCGACGAAAAUGCCAAGCGCUUGAUGGAGAUCCGACGUCAGUGGGAUCCGACGGGAAGAAUCUGUGGAUACCUGGAUCAAGGAGACGUGUCGGGCACUCAAGGGUUGGGCAAUGCUCAUGAGUGGAAAAUGAGAUGA